AUGCAGCAGCGUGGACUAGUCCCAGACAUCAUCAGUUACAGCAGCGUGGUGGAUGCCGGCGUUCAAGACGGGUGCUGGGUCCUCGGGCUGCGCAUGCUUGAUGCCAUGCAAGCGGGCGCUGUGCUGCCGAACGCAAUCAUGCUGAACUGCGCCCUGGAUGCGGCUGCGAAAGCAGCCCAAUGGCAAGCUGCUCUGGCGCUUUUGUCAGAGUUUCCUGACCACCAAGUGGCCCGCGAUGUGGUGUCCUUCAGCAGCGCAAUCAGCGCAGCGGAGAAGUCCAGAGAAUGGCAGACGGCGCUG